ACACCGGCGAUCUGGGCCAGAGCGCGCGGGGUCGGGGCUGGUUUUCUAGGAGUUUCUGGGGUCCCGAGGCGAGGGCAGCGAGGAAGAUACUAGCAGAGGGCCCGCGCCUGUGCAUGCGUCAUGACCACUAGCUGAUGGCCCGCCCCCGAGCCUCGGUUUCUCCGGGCGUAGCGUAGGCGGCCCCGUGAGGCCGUCGGGCAGCGCCCCGAGCCACGUGCUUUCCGCCCCCGCAGCAGCCCCGGAGGCGGCGUCCUGGGCGUUCUGCGCCCUUGACUGAAGAGGAGGCUGAGUCCCGGAGCCGGCUGCAGUCAGGCAUCAGCGGUGCCCGGGUUGUUCACCCCUUCUGCCCCCAACCGCAGGUUCCGAUGGCGGCGUCUCUGAUCGACCCGGCGCGGGGCAUGAUGGCCUUUGAGGACGUGGCUGUGUACUUCUCCCGGGAGGAGUGGGGGCUUCUGGACACAGCCCAGAGGGCCCUGUACCGCCAUGUGAUGCUGGAGAACUUUGCACUUGUGGCCUCACUCGGACUCUCCACCGCCCGACCUCGUGUGGUCAUCAAACUUGAGCGUGGCCAGGAGCCCUGGGUUGCCGGUGGGAUGGACAUGACCCCAACCAGCAAUGCCCACAGGAGGCCCAGCCCUGGUUCCCGGCGUCUGUCAAAGGACAAGGAUGUUUCUGGAGAAGCAGCAUUGUCAGGGGCCUUCCCCGAUAGCCCCCUAGGGACACCUAUCAGUGUCCUCCCCACUGCGGGUGCCUGCCAUGGUGCAAAAAGCCAGGAGGGACAGUGGGGCCCUUCCCCAUCUCGGGAGAGAAAACCCACAGGAGUGUCGGUGAUCUACUGGGAGAGGCUCCUGCUAGGCUCGGGCAGCGGCGAGGAAAGCGUCAGCCUGCGACUGACCUCCCCCAUAAGGGCUCCCGAAGGCAGCCCAUCCAGGGAGAAGGACUUCAAAGACCCCCCGCGGAAGCAGCCGAGAGCGCUCGAACAGCCGAAGCCAUACGCACGGGCGGCCCCUGGGAGAGCCUUCCCUAGCGUCCCGGACCUCGAGGCCUUUGGUGCUGGGGUAGAACGUGGGAUGGGUGCAGCUUGGCGCGAGCCUCAGAGACUCGCCGGCGGCCGGGAGCCCCCGACCUGGGAUGAGCUGGGCGAGGCCCUCCACGCCGGACCCGGCCUCCUCCCCGGCGAGAAGUCCUUCGAAUGCAGGGCGUGCAACAAGGUGUUCGUGAAGAGCUCCGACCUCCUCAAGCACCUGCGCACGCACACCGGCGAGCGGCCGUACGAGUGCGCCCAGUGCGGCAAGGCCUUCAGCCAGACGUCGCACCUGACGCAGCACCAGCGCAUCCACAGCGGGGAGACGCCCUACGCCUGCCCGGCCUGCGGCAAAGCCUUCCGACACAGCUCCUCGCUGGUGCGGCACCAGCGCAUCCACACGGCCGAGAAGUCCUUCCGCUGCGGCGAGUGUGGCAAGGCUUUCAGCCACGGCUCCAACCUCAGCCAGCACCGCAAGAUCCACGCGGGCGGGCGGCCCUACGCCUGCGCGCAGUGUGGCCGCCGCUUCUGCCGCAACUCGCACCUGAUCCAGCACGAACGCACGCACACUGGGGAGAAGCCGUACGCAUGCGCGCUCUGCGGCGCCGCCUUCAGCCAGGGCUCGUCGCUCUUCAAGCACCAGCGAGUGCACACGGGCGAGAAGCCCUUCUCCUGCGCGCAGUGCGGCCGCGCCUUUAGCCACAGCUCCAACCUCACGCAGCACCAGCUUCUGCACACGGGCGAGCGGCCCUUCCGCUGCGGGGACUGCGGCAAGGCCUUCGCCAAGGGCGCCGUGCUGCUCAGCCACCGGCGCAUCCACACUGGCGAGAAGCCCUUCGUGUGCGCACAGUGCGGCCGUGCCUUCCGCGAGCGCCCGGCCCUCUUCCACCACCAGAGGAUCCACACAGGCGAGAAGGCCGCGCGGAAGCCCAGGGCAGGCCUGCGCGCCCCCGCCAGGCCUCCUUCGGAAGGUGCCCCGGUGAGGGAAGCCCAGCCCACUCCUGCCUCCAGCCCAGCUGGAGUCCCGAAGCCAGUCGAGGCUUGAGGUCGCUGCUCCACCCUUCCCUGGCAUUCUGUGACUCCCUUCCUCGGCUAAAGGACCCGUGUCCUCUGCAAAUCCACAAUGGAAAGAAGCUCUGUGCGUGCGAGCCAGGGACGAGGGAGACCUUUUGGCUGCGGUUCUAUUUGCACGUGGUGACAGGAUUUGCCACUUCAGCCAUAGCUCACGCCUUCAUCCCCAGAGAAUUCACACUGCAGAAACAUCAGGGGUACGGGCAUGGCAUGGAGACUGGGACUUUGGUGAGCCCAAGACUGCAGCCAGACCCAGUGGGAGGCCAAUAAAGGCGGCCCCACACGGUGGUGCCACUUCAUGAGUAUUAUGA